UCUUAUCAGUUUCACUUUGGUGACGUGCUAUAGCGUUGUAAUUGGCAAUUUACGCUUUAUCACUAGAAUGUUGAUAGACGUUCAUUUAGUCGUAGUCGUGCCAACAUGCCAACUCCACAAAUACGGCAUAGCUAGUGAAGAGUUGUUGAGUAGCUUGCGAAAGUACAAACGCUUACGCUGGUCGAAAGUGGAGCGUGCUAAUCGAAGAAACAUUGAUGGAAGGGAGACGAUGAUUGUUUUCGUCUACGACAAUGAGUGUCUAAAAGAAGAAGCCGAUGAUCCCGUGAAGGCAGUGCUUUAUUUUCAUCCCAGCUGGGUAUCGGAUACGCAGAAAGUGGCACUUUGUGGACAGCUAAUGGGCAUAUCAUUCUUUCUGAAGGAUUGCUUCUAUAAGCCAAAGGUUAUGGCUUUGCAAAAUGGAAAAUUUGUGCUAAAGGAAUUCGGCAGAUUUACGUUGGCCGUUGGCACCGAUCGUAACAUCACCGAUUAUUUGCUCGAGCAACGCGCUGAUUUGCUCGCUUCGCUUGUCAAGUUUUUUCAUCGCGAUUUGCAAAGUCUCUUCGAUCAGUUCCCACAGCAGGCACAAUAUAAAAACCUCUCGGAAAAGUUAUAUCAUAUAUUCGAAACAUAUCUGCCGAUUUUACAACGUAACGGACAUAUUUUUCAAAACGUACCAAAGCUGCGUAUGCCUAAGACGGCCAGCAACAUAUUUUUGGAUGCCAUACAAACACUACAAUGUUGUCAGCAAACAAAGGGCAUUCUGGGCGGUGCCGUGCUCUACCAUAACAAAGUGGUUGCUUCCCAGCUUGGCGACGCCAUUACCAAGCAGCUCGUACUUACCGAUCCGCUUCAUAUACGUACUACCGCCGAACAGAUACACAUCACCGAUUUCCAUAUACCCAAUGGCGUGCAAAUGUUAAUCGUUUAUGUGGAUGUGCCGCAGUAUAGUCGCUUAGCUGCGGACGCACAACGCGCACAAACUUUGCAGACCACCCAAUUGUCACAGGGUCUGUUGCCCUUUCAGUAUUCGAAGCGCAAAAUGAAACGCGACAAGUCGUUAAUUUUCACUAACAUACCAGAGGAGUGCAGUACAGGUGGCGGCACGGUAGGUGAGCAUGUGGAGGAAGGCGUGUCCACACCUACGGCUGUGUUGCAAACGCCGGCAGCCGUGCGGCCAAAAUCGUUGUUGAUACGUCCCACCCACCUACCGUUGCGGCAUCGCAACGGCAUGGGUAGUUCGAAGGAGCUGCCUGAGUCGGGCAUAGCUUCGAUAAACUUUGAUGAGACAGAUUCGUAUCCGGAGUUCAUUGGACGCACCAGUGUGUGUUCAACACCGAUGACUGAGAAUAAAGUGCUGCAAGUGGGGAAUAUUAUGUCAAUUUGCGCCAAUCCAGAAGAUGAAAGUAAUUCGAAUAAGCAAAAGACACAAACUGCAAACCGUCGUAAUUCGCUGCGUCUUGAUUUUGAGAAAUUCUUUCAAAAUUUUAUUGCUAAUCCUAAUAAACAAUUGGAGCGUCGUAAAUCCUUUACCGAUUUACAAGAUUCACUUAAGAAAAUCUCGAAGAAAUUGUCACUGAAACAAUUUUCGCAUAGCUUUAAGACUGACGUCAAUCGCAAUGGCAGCAUCAGCGGCAUCGAGGCCAUCGAAUCGCCCGACUUUAUAGAGAAUGACGAUGAUGCAGAGCAAAAUUCAGACAACUCGGAUGAGAAUAACCGCAUUUCACGAACCAUAACAGAUCCCACCUAUCCUGUUUUUAACGAGAAUGGUCAACCCAUAUCUCGUAGUCUUUUCCAAGAGUUUAUCGAAAAAUACUAUCGCCUUUGGGCGGAAAGUGGCAGUGGCAAUGGCAGCGCAAAAAAGGAUAUAGAAAUCGCACAACUCAUUGAGGAAUUCAAAGAGUUUGAUAAAGAGCUGAAAAAGUUGGAUGGGUCGAUACGUCAGGAAAUAGGCGACAAUACCACCAACACCACAACGCUCAAAGCAGAUCGAAAUUUAAAUACAGAAGCACCUGCAGUUGUGGCAACGCAAAAAGCUAAAACUCCACUAGACAAGAAAUCCCUUAGUCUUCCUCUGAAGCCACUCGCCGAUACAGCGUCAAACGAGCAAUUUGCUGCAGCGAGUCGCAAGCAGCCGGGUGGUGUGCCACUCACGCCACUCAUGGCUAAGCUUUCAGUGUUGGCUCUGAAUGAGGAACAUACGAGUAAUACGUGGGAUGCCAGUUCGGUAGAGAUUCAGACACCGCUAAACACAUCGAAAGUGUUUUCGCGCCGCAGUUCAUUGAAAUGUGAGGACGCUGUAGACGCCUUGGCGACAUUGCCUACCAACGUACAGAGCACUUCGAAUGGCUUAAAGCGGCUGGAGUUGUAUAUGUGUGGCCAGCAAAAUAUGACUUUGUUGUUGUUAAUGGAAGAGGGAACCGCGCGCCAGCAGCCCAUUGUGCAUAAUAUGUUUGAUAUUUGCGUGGCGAAAUUUCCGCACAUGGAAUCACAUUUAAAUCAAACACUCAAUGUCAAUGUGGAGGGCGAUAAGCGUGAAGGCGGCUACAGUUUCAUGUGCAUCGAUGCAAAGUGGGAUACGCUAGAGCGCAAUGGACCAUGGAAUCCGUUGGAAUUGAAUACACUGGAAUGCAUACAUCGAGACUUACAGUCGAAUGUUGAAUUAACGGAUGUGGUUUUGAGGUCACACGACGCCGUCUUUUAUGGCUACAAAUCGGGACGCACCGAAGUUUUUUACAAGGGAGCAGCACACCCAACUUGCGGCAUACCGCCACCCUCCGAUCCCAUGGGAAAUGUGGCGAUGCGCGCCAAAACUCAGCUGGAGCGUGAUCAUUCGUACAUUCUAUUUUAAAAUGAAGUAGUGGUAGGUUUUUAAAAGAACUUAUGGAAUUCUCAGCAUUUGUGUGUGUUGCCAUUUUGCCACAAUGCAGCUGUUAGCAAAGUUAAAGGGAAAGCAAAAUGAAGUUAGUAGUAUUUUUUCUCUAUUUUUUGUUUCUAUAGUAGCGAUAUUCAGAAGCCAAAAAAUGUAGUUGCAACAAAAAAAAAGGAAACAUUCACCUUAACUAGAUAACUCAAUAGUGCGCCACUGGCCUAACGCCGCUUAUCAUACAUACCUACAUCAUAAAUACGAGAUACUCUGACGAAACUACUCGCAACAUAAAGUUUAAUGUGAAAGUCAAAAGUGAAUAGAAAGAAAUGUGGUUGGCAAUGUAAUAUUUACGCAGUUAGUUGCUUUCUGUGGACGUGGCUGUAUGUAGCUUUUUAAUUAUUGUAUGUACUUAUGCAAUACGUUUUUUAGUUGAUAGGCAAGAAAGCGCAUGCCAAGGCUGUCGGAUGGUGAAUAUUUAUAAAAUGACCUCGAAUGGAAAAUAGUUUUAGAAAAUCGAUUACGAACAUGUUAAAGCUGCUCAUGAAUGAAUGUUUUUUUUUUUGAAAAUCACUGAGUUGUUUUGUAAAUGGAGAUCUUAAUUCUCUUUUUUGCUCAUAAAAGUAUGCAUCAUUUUUUGCUGAAAAUUUGUUAGAACAGUGUACUGAAAAACCUCACUUUUUUCUUGAAAUUUUAUUAAAAUUUUUUGUUACAAUUUUAUUUAAAAAAACAGCAGUCCAAAAAUUUAUAUUUUGGUGUUAUGCUAAGAAUUUGUUAAAAUAUUUAUG